UUCUACGGAUCUCAUACGCGCGAGAGAGAGAGAGAAAGAAGAGAGAGAGAGAGAGAGAGAGAGAGAGAGAGGAGAGAGAAGUUGUGGAAGGGAAGAAGUUGUUGUACACCACGAUGGCGACGUCAUCGAGUUCAUGGUCUCGAGCUUUAGUUCAGAUCUCACCGUACACCUUCGCCUCCAUCGGAAUCGCACUGUCAAUCGGCGUUUCUGUCCUCGGCGCUGCGUGGGGGAUAUAUAUCACCGGGAGCAGUUUGAUCGGUGCUGCCAUCAAAGCUCCUCGCAUUACUUCCAAAAACCUAAUCAGUGUGAUUUUCUGUGAGGCUGUGGCUAUAUACGGAGUCAUUGUUGCUAUCAUUCUUCAGACAAAGCUCGAGAGUGUGCCGUCUUCCAGGAUUUACGACCCAGAAUCACUCAGAGCAGGCUACGCUAUAUUUGCAUCUGGAAUUAUUGUCGGCUUUGCAAAUCUCGUCUGUGGGCUAUGUGUUGGAAUAAUAGGAAGCAGCUGCGCUUUGUCAGACGCACAAAACUCGACUCUUUUUGUUAAGAUCCUCGUUAUUGAGAUCUUCGGCAGUGCGCUCGGGCUGUUUGGUGUCAUUGUAGGCAUUAUUAUGUCUGCUCAAGCAACUUGGCCAUCCAAGUAAGUGCCUCCACACACACACAAGGUGAAUUCCAUGUUAUUGAUAUCGAGUGCUUGUGAUGCUUUAUUUUCAUCUUUUUUUUUUCUCUUUCUACUCUAGUCGGUUUUUGUAUUCUUUUUAUGUUUAUUUUUGUUGCUGUUAUGCAAUCUGGAUGUGAUGAAAUUUGGUGAGAAAAGGGGAAGGAACCAAAACACCAAUCAUUUAUGAUAUGGGCUCUGUAUGUAUUUUCCGCUUCCGAUUAAUAAAUUUUUUGUCCAUUAAUUUAAGUACCCUUAUACGUCUAUUCCGUCGACAAGGGGUGUUAUAACAUUAUUUUUCGGGUAUAUUACUGUAAGACUAAAUUAAUAAAACUGUCCUUGUUUGUG